AUGUUCCUAAGAAAAAAAAUUACAAAACACAAAACAAUUAAACAUGAAGAUCGUGACAUUGAUACUAGUCGUCUCCGUCAUGCUUUCGUUAUCAUUCUCGGCUGCCAUCAAAGCCGCCGACACGGGAGACAAAGGAAACGUGGGAGUGACAUGUGACGCAAGGCAGCUUCAGCCUUGCCUUGCAGCGAUUACGGGAGGUGGACAACCCUCAGGUGCAUGUUGUGCAAAGCUUACAGAACAACAGUCUUGCCUGUGUGGUUUCGCUAAGAACCCUGCCUUUGCGCAGUACAUAAGCUCUCCAAACUCUCGCAAAGUCCUCGCUGCGUGUGGUGUAGCUUAUCCCACUUGUUGAAAAACUGAUCUAGAGAUUUUAUAAAUAAAUAAAUGAAAGGAAAUAAAUAACAUUAUAUCAAACGUUUUAUGAAACAAUUUAACCCGUUUGUGUUAAUGUACUUGGCUUAUAUGGUUAAAUAGAGUUUUAAUUUUCUUACUGAUAUUUUUAUACAGUAACUUUCUCUGGGAAACGAAUUCAAAGCCUAAUUAAACACAACAAAAGAUCCAAAGUGAUAAGAGAAGUUUAUAUG